AAUUCAAAGGGGAGUGCGACAUUAAAGGAAAGCACUGUAUAGUGGCACUUUAAACCAUGACUCCUACAGUAUGCUGCAGCUUCUUGAAACCAAGAUGGAAUGAGACACCUCAAGAAAGCAUAAAUCACCUCAUCAGAAGUACGACAACUGGGCGAAUGCAUAUUGCGAAAUACAGUGAUACAGCAAAUGUUUUCAGCUCAAAAUUUGAUCACAACCUUCUCUUGCUCAUGUCUAACUGUAUACAAAACUAGUGUAACUAUCUCAGCAUUCUGUAACCAACAAACAUGCUGGAGAAAUGAACUAUUUGCACACUGACAGCU